CAGUGUUUGUAAGUGCAUCGAGAAUUUAGGUGAAAGAAAUAUGUGGCUAUGGGCAAAUGAUCGGCAAAGUGUAUUAUGACGUCGUUGAGCAGCGAUUCACGCAACCCAGGCAAUAAUAGCACCUCCAACGGUGGAGAUGUUGAGAACAACAAUCAUCUCCUGCCACAGGAUGAACCGGAACCGGAUAUUGUUCGGUGCAGGAGUAAAAUGCGGGAUCGUCCCGCGGUAGGAAAUGGACAUGUGGCAGGUCGGACAGUCCAUCGUUCACAGGACGAUCAAUAUAUUCAACACCGCGACGCAUCCGAUACGCAGCGCCAGAAUCCGUGUCGGCAAACUUCAGAGCAACAACAAGGCAUGUGUCGCUUAGAAACGCUCCGAACUGCCAGUGCUAGAUCCCAGAUGGAAUCACCGAGCCAGAGUGGCACGAUGAGCAACGCUCAGACAACUUCUGCAGCGAGUCCGUCGACGAUCGGCAGCUGCGAUCCUGCUCGAUCGGUCGAAUCGUCGGUGUCUGCAGCUGGUGGUACAUCUUCAACCACACGGCAUCACCAAUCGCCGACUGUCAAACGGGAUGUGACCCGUGACAUGACAGAUUCCGGGUCGCCAUACGGUAUGGCGGUCAGUUCGACGGUUGGAGAAUUGGAGGAUCCUUACGCCGAACUGGAACGGAUUCUGGAAAAAGUGCAAGCGGAAAUAUCGGAAAUGUUUGAACAAACUGUGCUGAAUGAAAAUAUUACCACUAUUGUGGCUGGCAACGGAACAACGGGAAGUGACAAAAAACGGAAAAACGACUUAAAGACAAAUCAUGACGAAGGGACUGGAUAUGGAAUGUUAGCCAAAGCCGGUCCACAUCUACAAAAACAUCACCAGCAACAGCAGAACGCUAGUCAUCAUGUAAAGUAUGCAACCAUACCGCACGCAAAUGUUACCCAGCAAAGUAGUAGUAUCGACGUCGGUGCUUUUGCAUCGAAUUUUGAACGUCACAAUACAUUGGGACCAAUCGACAAUAAUGCAAAACGCACCCGGAAUGCAUACGAUCAUCGUUACCGAUCGCACGAUCGUAUGGAAAUGGUAAGCUCGACGACCACUUCAGCAUCAUCGCCCUCGGCAACGCUACCCAAGCCCAGUGUUCGCUCGCAAUCGGCAGGCGAAAAUAUGUCCUCCAGCGGAUACAGCAGCUACGGACGGUACACGGAGCGAUCCGACAGCUUAUCGGACGACAUGAGCCUGCUGGACGUAGCUGCGCCAUCUUGCGAGGAUAGUCAGGAAGGUGCAGGGGAUGAUACGACCUCAGACGAGCGCGAGACGAUUGUGAGCGGUGGUGUACGUAAGCGACACCAGCAUAAACAAUGUGCGGUGCUGUCGGGUGGUGCAACAGGACCAACGGGUAAAGACUUUGCCGGAUACUAUUAUAACAACAGCGACCAGCAGAUGUUGGCAAACGAUCGGGGGCUUAAAACGAGCACCAACAGUCUGCCGUCCGUGGCGGCAGCUGGAGGCCACCGGAACAUGGCCCUACAUCUAAAGUUUAAAUCGCACCAGAGCGCGAUCGACGCGAAACGGAAACAGUUUUUCCUAGCGCUCGAUCAGGAACCAUUCCAACCGCUCAAGUCCAAUAUGACCGAUUUACCAUCUCCGAGCAGCACGUCGCUCCACAGCGGCCAUAACCAUUUGAUUGCCGAAGAGCUCGGCUCGAAAUCGAGCUCAGCACCGGUGCUGCUCAAGGAUGAGGAGAACGUUCUCACGGUGGCAAGGGCAAAUCUACGUUACUCGAGGUCACAAAGCGAUCGGCAUUUGGCGGAAAUCGAAGCAAUUGAAGCCUGCCGAUGGUUGCGUGCCGCCGGGUUCCCACAGUACGCCCAAAUGUACGAAGAUCACCAGUUUCCCAUUAUCGUGGAUGAUGUAGCGAAGGAUCAUCCAUUCCUCGAGCCCGAUCCACUACAGUCACUGUUUCGUCGUCUCCAUACACUCAACCGCUGCGCAAACAUGCACCUCGAUGCCCAUCAGCAUACACCAAAACCAUCGCACCGCGACGACUCGGACGAUGACAGCUGUGCGCUUAGUGAAGCUUGGACAUUCCAGCACAACAGCCGACGCUGGUCCCGCGUGGAUGAUGCGAUCGGUUUGGUUAGUGUGAUAAACAACAAGCAACAGCAGCGAAACGCACAGAAGGAGGCACAAUCCAAAGGCACUGGUGGCGAUCCGGCGGGACAUGGAUCUCAUCAGCAACGGCGCCACAAUAAUAAUACUUUGCUGCGUGCAGAAGAUCACGAAAAGCUGUGGCUUGAAGCGGGUGGAAAAAUGACCAUCGGUGUACCGUCCGACACCGAUUCGCAGGAUGAUUGUGGAACGGUCGGAAGUGGCGUGCAUUUACGGCGUACCGGUAGCGAGCGUCUGAAGGAUGGUGCCAAGGCAAUUUUACGGCGGGUGGAGUCGAUCAAAUCGAGACGUAGAAAGAAACAGAAUCGUGAUGGACUGAUCUUUCUAGCACCCUCAGCAGCACACUCGAGUGCCCACCUUUCCCCGCACCAUCGUCCGUCCGGCGACGGUAUCGAUGGAUACGGUGGGUCCGGGUUUGACUUAAUGUCCUACUCCAAUCCUACCUCUCCACGACCCUCGACCGAAUUGCUUGCUUUCGACGAUGCGCUCGAUGCGGCGGGCAAUCGCAAGAAGGAUCUGUUCGCCAACGAUCUGUAUGGACGGCGGAAUCUUCUUUUGUCACCAAACGUAAGCACACCUGCCACUGCAUGGUCGCCAUUGCAUGGUGGAAACGAUGGCAAACGAUUACCGGAUCGAUCGUCACCCGGUGGUACAUUGCCGUUCCGGCAGCAGGUGCAGCUACAGCAGGAAUCCCGAUCCGGUGACGAUUCAUCUUCAAUAUGCAGCGAGGAUAGUGGUGGUGGAGGUGUUGGUGGUCCGGUAACCGAUUUUACCUCCACAAACGUCUCAGCGAGUCGAUCAGAAAAAUUGAACGCACGCAAAUACCCACGGGCGAAGAAAGCGCUGAGAAGCAAAGUAAUUACCAGCACCGUAGCAGAUGAUCAGACCGGCGGUGGAGCACUAUCCGAUUCCGAGUGCCAUGCCAAGCAGCGCCGUUCGAAAAUUAAGGUGGAGCUCGAUUGCGACCUGUCUGGUGGCCUGAACGAUGGCGUUUCAACUACCACCGCUGACAUUAAGGGUAGAGGCAAUGGGGGUGGUAGCACAUUGACCGCGCCGGAUGUAAAUGCUUCUCCAUCGAAACUGCACCGGGGAGGUUCGUUAAACCUGGGUAAAGCUUCCAAGCGUUAUCGAGACGCGUUCAGUAACCGUUCCGUGCGCCACAGCUCGAAAGCGACUGACGAAAGCGGUGAAGGCAGUGGGCGCUCCUCCAACAGCAAACGAUCGACGGUCGCCCGUUGGCAUAGCUUCCAACAGCCAAAGGUGUCCCCGAUAGACUUGCAGCAAUCCGAUCAACUGGGCGCGAAGGAUGACCGAAAACCGUCAUUGUUGCAACGUGGAACCACCAUAGCGCAAUUGGUCACCAGUUCUACACACACCAAUGCUAUAAGUAUCACCUCUACCAAUUCCAAUAUCGGUAACGUCGCAACCGUACCGGGAAAAGGUAACAAACAAUCGGUAGGACUCGUCUCGGUAGAAGGUAGCCAACAUUCCAGUGCAGUCGCAACGGGAGACCGUGGUUCAGAUGUGUCCGGAAGUGGGGUGCGUAUGUCGGAGAUGUCCUGCGGCCAGUUGCUGGUAGUGCGAAAGCUUGGGCUCGCUAACCUGACCGGUUAUAUGGAGCGCUAUUGUCCGACGCAUCGGUCCGGCUGGAACUGGGAUUUGCCAAAGUUCAUUAAGCGCAUCAAAACGCCCGACUAUAAAGAUCGCAAGGUGUUUGGGAUGCCACUGGUGCUGAAUCUGCAAAAGUACGGUAGUACCGUGCCGUACACGAUUCGACUAGCGUUCGCAUGGCUAGAAAAGAAUGCUCUCGAUCAGGUCGGUUUGUUCCGCAAGCCGGGUGUAAAGUCUCGCAUUGCCAAGCUGAAAUCGGUCAUAGAAGCGAGCAAUGACGUUGGAUGGCGGAGUGAAAUGUUCGACGAGUAUCACGCGUACGAUGUGGCGGAUCUAGUGAAACAAUACUUUCGUGAGUUGCCUGAUCCACUGCUAACUGCUAAGCUGUCCGAGACAUUCAUCGCUAUAUUUCAAUAUCUCCCGGACGAAGUGCGUGCGGAAGCGGUGCAAUCGGCUAUUCUGCUUCUACCGGAUGAACAUCGCGAAGUGCUGCAUCUGCUGUUAACAUUCCUCGAGAAGGUGGUGCAAAACUCGAGCCUAAAUCAAAUGACAGCCAACAAUCUGGCCGUCUGCUUUGCACCUUCGCUCUUCUAUCUGCUAUCCGGGAAUAGAUACACGGCAGCAUCGCCCAGACGGAAGAAAACUGGCGUCGGAUCGGGAACGCCCGAUGAGAAGGAGCUCUCCGAGGCAAAGGCAUCACACGAAUGUUUGGCGUACAUGAUCGAUCGUUUCCAGAGUCUGUGGAUGAUCAGUAGCGAUCAGAUGCGACGCUGCAAUUUCAACUACAUGGACGAAUCGAAACCGGUGCCACUAGCGUCGCUGGGUACGGAAAUGCACGUUCAAAACUGGCGCGGCUAUCUGUCCGAGUCGAUCAACGAGUGUCUUCGUGAGGGGCGCGAACGACCACGUGGCUGGGUGUCACUAAGCUCGACCGAUCCAUCGGUGACUGCAUUCUUCAAAAAGGUAGGCGACGGUCAUCCGCUGCGUCUGUGGAAGUGCGUCACAGAAGUAGAAGCACCGCCAAUGGAAGUGAUACAGCAUAUCGUCAACGAGCGACCACUCUGGGACGCCUAUCUACUAAAGUGGCGCACAAUCGAACAGCUCGAUCAGGAUACUGAUGUCUUCCAAUAUGCGUGCGGGCAACCGAUCACCGAGUACUGUGUCGUAAGACAAUGGAAAAAUGACCUUCCCCGAGGCGCCUGUGUGAUAGUGGAAGUGUCAAUUUCACACGAAAACGCCACAUCGCUGCUAGGCGGAGUGAAUGGGGUUGUGCUAGCAUCGCGGUAUCUGAUCGAACCGUGUGGCAGUGGAAAGUGUAAGCUGAUGCAUCUAUCGCGCGUCGAUAUGAAAGGCCGCACACCCGACUGGUACAACAAAAACUACGGACACGUUUGUCAGCAAUAUCUUUCCAAGAUCAAAAAAUUCUUUGAACACUGCACCGAGGGACCUGAAACUAAAGUAUAAAUAUAGCAU